AUGAACCUGAGACGUAUGAACUAUCUAUGAAUUUUCAAGCGUAGCAGAAGCAGAAGGAAAAAGUAAGAGGACUCUCCAAUGGGUGUGAAAAUUUGAAAGUCAGUGAAGAAAAUCGGUCGAAAACUCCGUUUUCCGUGAUAUUGUCUGUCCGUUGGCAAUUGAAAAAAAUCUGGAUUUGAAUUUAGAGUGAACAAAGUAAAAAGUUUUUUUUGUGCAGAAUUUUCUUCUAGAGUAACGGGUCGUUUCCAGCGCAUACAGUACAGUGACUAUAAAUGGAGAAUAAUUGCAAUUAUUGCGGACUUCAUGCUAUUCGGUUUACGAUAUGAACAGGCAGGAUUUGAAAAGCAAUAAUAACAAGCAAAGCUAUAGAACAAAGAAACGGAAAAAACGAUACGCAAAACCACUUUCUGGUGCAGAUUUUCUACAUCCUAACUCUGUAAAUUCUCUAGAGUUGAUGUUUUGCUUUUUGAACGAAUAAGUGAAUAUCUUUGUGGUAACGCAUAUAUCCAGAGCCAGAGACCAGGUAGAGCAGCAGAGCAGCUCAUGCGAGACGGAGCCACUAACCCAAAGGCUUUCAAAUUGGAUUACUCGAAGAUUUACAGUUCACCGAAAGCAACGUACCCACACAAAAGCAACUGAAAAGCGGUGAAGAAUACGCGAAGCACGGCAGGAAGCAAAAACGCAACAUAGUAAUAAUAAUAAUAAAACACGAGCAAAAAAGUACCUCAACCAACUGCAACUACUAUCGCCGUGCUGAACAUGAAGGCAAUUGAGGCAAAAAUUGUCGUUUUAGGAUCUCAAGGUGUAGGAAAAACCAGCCUUGUGGUUCGAUAUGUAUCGAAUCUGUACACAAAGGAAGUUUCACCAACGAUCGGAGCAUCUUUCUUUACCUGUAAGGUAAAUCUGGAAGAUUUCAAGGUGAAAAUGCAGGUUUGGGACACAGCCGGUCAGGAGCGGUUUAAAGCGAUGGCUCCGCUCUAUUAUCGCAAUGCGAAUGCUGCCUUACUGGUGUUCGAUCUGACGCAAUACAAUUCGUUUGUCGAAAUUAAAUCGUGGGUUCAGGAGUUGCAGCGCAAUGUGCAGGAGCCGAUGGUUCUUUCUCUGGUCGGUAACAAGCUUGACCUGGAGGAUAAGCGUGCCGUAUCCCGAGAGGAGGCCUGCCUAUACGCGACUUCGAUAGGAGGAAACUAUUUCGAGACUUCUGCAUUGCAAGAUCAGGGAAUAGAACAAGUAUUCAUAUCCAUUGCGGUAGGACUAAUUAAAUUAUCGGGCGAACAGAUUUGUCCCUCGUUGAAGCGAUACGAAUCAUCUGAUUCACUUGUUUUGUCAGGAUAUACUAGUGGCAUGAAUGGAGUUGUGCAGAUGGGAAUACCGGUUGACUGCGACAAUGUCCUUACGGAUGGAACAGGUCGACUGGAAACACCCUCUUGGAGCAGGGACCACAUAGCACACGCAGAUGAUCAGCGCCCUGGUUGGUGUUGCUAUUAGAUUAGAAUAGCAUCAAGCGAAAUAACUAUGGACUUCUCUUGUGAUACUUCCCGAACCCACACGUAAAUUCACAUUGCAUCGGCCACAUUCGGUUUCGAUGAGACAUUUGUUAGUCUGUAUAUACAUGAUUCGUAAGAGAAAGAAAGUUAUAGUAAUCUAUCACCGUUAAGCAGAUUUAACCCAAAGUAUUGUCGGACGCUUCAGGUUUUGUCACGUAUUUGAUAGGUAUUAGUAGUAGUAGGGCUUCGCAUGCUACAUUUCGCCGCACUUCGAAACGCUUCAUGACAAAACAGAUCUCUUGGAAAUGACACGUUUUCCAGCUGCCGAGCCCGACUCACAGUAUAUAGCCCGAGUUCGCAUAAGCACCUUAUCAUAUACAUCCAAUUAAUUUAUAUAGAUAUUCAUUCAUUCUCGAGAGUCAAUUUUUCUUAGAUAAGAAAACAAAACCAGCUGUUGUUUAACUUCUG